AUGCCCGCCCGACUACCGCCCUCUCUCCCGGAGCGGCUCCUCCUCCGGGCUGCGCGGCUGCAGGCCAGCCCUCAUCCUUGCGAGCACCCAGCCCGACUGGGGGGCUCAGAGGUAAGUGUGUCCCGGCCGCCGCCCAGGCUUUCCCUGCCCGUCUUCCCGCCAGGAGGUUGCUUGCUGGCCUCAAUGCCCUUGCUCCAGGCCGGGUGGCGGGCAGGAGGGGCGCCGGUUCCGGCUCUGUCGCGCCCUGCCUUGCGGCUGCAGUCUGAGCGCUUUCCCACUAUUCACCACUCUGCCCCGGAGGUGUUCCAGUUCGCAGCGCUCCGCUUAUUUGGCUGGAAGGAGCGCCACGAAAGGUCAGAGGAAGGAGCUGUGGGAAGCUCGCAGCAGGUAUCGGAGCCGGAGCGAGUGGAUUUGGGGGCCCUGGGCUCCCUAACAGACUGUGGUGUGAGCCAGACUCUGCCGAGAAUGGAGUGGGCAGGAAAGCACCGGGACUUUCAGAGAGCAGAAAUGACCAUGACUGCCAACAAGAAUUCCAGCAUCACCCACGGAGCUGGAGGCACUAAGGCCCCUCGGGGGACUCUGAGCAGGUCUCAGUCAGUCUCUCCACCUCCGGUUCUCUCCCCACCGAGGAGCCCCAUCUACCCGCUCAGUGACAGUGAGACGUCAGCCUGUAGGUACCCAAGCCGCUCCGGCUCCCGGCUGCUCCUCAAGGACUGGCAUCCCCGUGAGCCUUCACCCCAGCAUCCUCAAGCCCCCUCCCCCGACACCUCACCACCCGUCUGUCCCCUCAAGGCCACCAGCUUCGGUUAUCUGGACAGAAGCCCUGCCGUGUGCAAGAGAGAGGACCAGAAGGAGAAUGUCCGGGGGGCAGCCCAAGAUGUAGAGGGCAUCGCUGCUUGCCCGCCCCUCGCCCAGAGCACUCCGUCCCUGGGGUCAGCAGUGGGCCCCCGGAGUGUCUUUCUGAACCGCGCUGGCCCCCGUGCCCACAGCCUGGGCAUCCGGGAGAAGAUUUCAGCAUGGGAGGGUCGCCGAGAGACUUCACCCAGGAUGAGUGUGUGUGGAGAGAAGCGGGAGGGCUCUGGGGGAGAGUGGGCGGCCAGUGAGGGCUGCCCCAGCGUGGGCUGCCCCAGCGUGGUGCCGUCCCCCUGCAGCUCGGACAAGACCUUCGACUUCAAGGGCCUCCGGAGGAUGAGCAGGACCUUCUCCGAGUGUUCCUACCCCGAGACCGAGGAGGAGGGAGAGGCGCUCCCUGUGCGGGACUCUUUCUACCGGCUGGAGAAACGGCCCGGCCGGAGUGAGCCCAGUGCCUUCCUCAGGGGGCACAGCAGCAGGAAGGAGACCUCAGCCGUGCUGAGUCGGAUCCAGAAAAUUGAACAGGCCCUGAAGGAGCAGCCGGGCCGGGGGCUCCCCCAGCUCCCCAGCAGCUGCUACAGUGUAGACCGAGGGAGACGGAAGACUGGGACCUUGGGCCCCUUGGAGGAACCCACAGGGAGCGCGAGUGUGAGCACUGGCAGCCGGGCCGGAGGAGCGGCUGGAGUUGGGGGGGAGGCGGGCCCACCCCCGGAGAGGGAAGGCAGUGGCCCCGCUAAGCCAGGGACCCCUGGAAAUAGCCCGACCUCCCAGCUGCUGCCGCCGAAGAGCUCCCCUGACCCCGCUGUGAACCCUGUCCCCAAACCCAAGCGCACCUUUGAAUAUGAGGCUGACAAGAACCCCAAGAGUAAGCCAAGCAAUGGUCUACCUCCUUCACCCACACCUGCUGCUCCACCCCCCCUGCCCUCCACCCCAGCCCCACCUGUCACCCGGAGACCCAAGAAGGACACACGAGGUCACCGCAAGUCCCAGAACAGAAAAUCCUUUGAGUUUGAGGAUGCAUCCAGUCUCCAGUCCCUGUACCCUUCUUCUCCCACUGAGAACGGUACUGAGAGCCAACCCAAGUUUGGAUCCAAAAGCACUUUAGAAGAGAAUGCCUAUGAAGAUAUCGUGGGAGAUCUGCCCAAGGAGAAUCCAUAUGAGGAUGUGGACUUAAAGAGCCGAAGAGCAGGACGAAAACCCCAGCAGCUGUCUGAGAACUCCUUGGACUCUUUGCACAGGAUGUGGAGUCCUCAGGACAGGAAGUACAACAACCCACCCACUCAGCUCUCCCUGAAACCCGGCAGCCAGUCCCUGCGCAGCGGGAACUGGUCGGAAAGGAAGAGCCACCGGCUGCCACGGUUACCCAAGAGGCACAGCCAUGACGACAUGCUCCUGCUGGCUCAGCUGAGCCUGCCGUCUUCGCCUUCCAGCCUCAACGAGGACAGCCUCAGCACCACCAGCGAGCUGCUGUCCAGCCGCCGGGCCCGUCGCGUUCCCAAGCUUGUGCAAAGAAUUAACUCCAUCUACAGUGCCAAGAGGGGAAAGAAGAGGCUAAAAAAGCUCUCUAUGUCCAGCAUCGAGACCUCAUCACUGAGAGAUGAGAAUAGUGAGAGCGAGAGCGACUCUGACGACAGGUUCAAAGCCCACACACAGCGCCUGGUCCACAUCCAGUCCAUGCUGAAGCGCGCGCCCAGCUACCGGACCCUGGAGCUGGAGCUGCUCGAGUGGCAGGAGCGGGAGCUGUUCGAGUACUUCGUGGUGGUGUCCCUCAAGAAGAAGCCCUCCCGGAGCACCUACCUCCCCGAGGUCUCCUACCAGUUCCCCAAGCUGGACCGACCCACCAAGCAGAUGCGGGAGGCAGAGGAGAGGCUCAAGGCCAUUCCCCAGUUUUGCUUCCCUGAUGCCAAGGACUGGCUCCCUGUGUCAGAGUACAGCAGCGAGACAUUCUCUUUCAUGUUGACUGGGGAAGAUGGCAGCAGACGCUUUGGCUACUGCAGGCGCUUACUGCCGAGUGGGAAAGGGCCUCGGUUGCCAGAGGUGUACUGUGUCAUCAGCCGCCUUGGCUGCUUCGGCUUGUUUUCCAAGGUGCUCGAUGAGGUGGAGCGCCGGCGUGGGAUCUCCGCUGCGCUGGUCUAUCCCUUCAUGAGAAGUCUCAUGGAAUCACCCUUCCCCGCCCCAGGGAAGACCAUCAAAGUGAAGACCUUCCUGCCAGGGGCUGGCAAUGAGGUGUUGGAGCUGCGGCGGCCCACGGACUCCCGGCUGGAGCACGUGGACUUCGAGUGCCUCUUUACCUGCCUCAGCGUGCGUCAGCUCAUCCGCAUCUUCGCCUCGCUGCUGUUGGAGCGUCGGGUCAUUUUUGUGGCAGAUAAGCUCAGUACCCUGUCCAGCUGCUCCCAUGCGGUGGUGGCCUUGCUCUACCCCUUCUCCUGGCAGCACACCUUCAUUCCUGUCCUCCCGGCCUCCAUGAUCGACAUUGUCUGCUGUCCCACCCCUUUCCUGGUUGGCCUGCUCUCCAGCUCCCUCCCCAAACUGAAGGAGCUGCCUGUGGAAGAGGCACUGAUGGUGAAUCUGGGGUCUGACCGAUUCAUCCGACAGAUGGACGAUGAGGACACGUUGUUACCUAGGAAGUUACAGGCAGCGCUGGAGCAGGCUCUAGAGAGGAAGAACGAACUGAUCUCCCAGGACUCAGACAGCGACUCCGAUGAUGAAUGUAAUACCCUCAAUGGGCUGGUGUCGGAGGUGUUUAUCCGGUUCUUUGUGGAGACUGUUGGGCAUUACUCCCUCUUCCUGACCCAGAGCGAGAAGGGGGAGAGGGCCUUUCAGCGGGAGGCUUUCCGCAAGUCUGUGGCCUCCAAAAGCAUCCGCCGUUUUCUUGAAGUUUUUAUGGAGUCUCAGAUGUUUGCUGGCUUCAUUCAAGACAGGGAGCUGAGAAAGUGUCGGGCAAAGGGCCUCUUUGAGCAGCGGGUGGAGCAGUAUUUAGAGGAACUCCCAGACACCGAGCAGAGUGGAAUGAACAAGUUUCUCCGUGGUUUGGGCAACAAAAUGAAGUUCCUCCACAAGAAGAAUUAA